GGGUCCUGGAGCCGAACUGAGGAGCCCUGGGGAGCCUCAAAGUUUGUGUCUGGAGGAGUAGCGGAGAGUAGGCUUAUUGCGAAGGGAUUUUCUUGGCAUGAGAGCUGCUCUCCUGCCUUCCUUUUGGAUGCGCGCCGUGCUUUAACCCCCGCAGCCUUCAGCCGGAUCCCUGGACGGCCUGUCUCCCCCGGCACUUCUCAGACUUCCGAGGACCCCGGACAGGAGCCCUGAGCACUCCUCCGUCGGGCAGAGCAGAGAACGUUUUUUCCUAAGUGCAUAAGCUUCACGCACACGCGCACACACGCACACACGCCCCGCGGAGCCGGACCUUACCCUCCGAGGCGGCUCUGCCCGCUCCCCUGCUGCCCUCAGCAUCCUCGGCCCAGCGUCCUUCGGACCAGCAUGGAGGUGCUGGAGAGCGGGGAGCAGAGCGUCCUGCAGUGGGACCGCAAGCUGAGCGAGCUGUCAGAGCCCGGGGAAACCGAGGCUCUAAUGUACCCUACGCACUUCUCAGAACUCCUGGAUGAGUUUUCCCAGAACGUGCUGGGUCAGCUCCUGAAUGACCCUUUCCUCUCCGAGAAGAGCGUGUCGAUGGAGGUGGAGCCGAGCCCGACAUCCCCCGCGCCUCUCAUCCAGGCCGAGCACAGCUACUCCCUGUGUGAGGAGCCUCGGGCCCAGUCACCGUUCGCCCACGUUACCUCCGGUGACAGCGUCAAUGACGAUGAAGUGGAAAGUGAGAAAUGGUACCUGUCCACAGACUUUCCAUCAACCACCAUCAAGACAGAGCCGAUUACAGAGGAGCCGCCCCCAGGACUUGUUCCCUCCGUCACUCUGACCAUCACAGCCAUCUCCACCCCUUUUGAGAAGGAGGAACCCCCGCUGGCAAUGAAUACUGGGGUUGAUUCCUCGUGCCAGACCAUUAUACCUAAGAUCAAGCUGGAGCCCCAUGAAGUGGAUCAGUUCCUCAACUUCUCUCCGAAAGAAGCCUCCGUGGAGCACCUGCACUUACCCCCCACCCCUCCCAGCAGCCACAGCAGCGACUCGGAGGGCAGCCUGAGCCCCAAUCCUCGCCUGCACCCCUUCGGCCUGCCGCAGACCCACAGCCCUGCCAGAGCCGUGGCGCGGGCCCCCUCGGCCCUGUCCAGCUCCCCUCUCCUCACGGCCCCUCACAAACUGCAAGGGUCAGGUCCACUGGUCCUGACAGAAGAGGAGAAGAGGACCCUGAUCGCCGAGGGCUAUCCCAUCCCCACCAAAUUGCCUCUAACAAAAUCAGAGGAGAAGGCUUUGAAGAAGAUUCGGAGGAAAAUCAAGAACAAGAUUUCUGCCCAGGAAAGUAGGAGAAAGAAGAAAGAAUACAUGGACAGCUUGGAGAAAAAGGUGGAGUCUUGUUCAACUGAGAACUUGGAGCUUCGGAAGAAGGUAGAGGUUCUGGAGAACACCAAUAGAACUCUCCUGCAGCAACUACAAAAACUUCAGACUUUGGUGAUGGGCAAGGUUUCACGCACCUGCAAGUUGGCAGGCACACAGACGGGCACAUGCCUCAUGGUGGUUGUGCUAUGCUUUGCUGUUGCAUUCGGCAGCUUCCUUCAGGGCUACGGGCCCUAUCCUUCUGCCACCAAGAUGGCCCUGCCCAGCCAGCAUUCUCUGCAGGAGCCGUAUACAGCCUCUGUCGUGAGAUCCAGAAAUCUGCUGAUCUACGAGGAACAUUCCCCGCUGGAAGAGCCGUCCAGCCCAGCCUCAGCUGGGGAGCUUGGGCACUGGGACCGAGGAUCCUCUCUGCUCAGGGCAUCGGGCCUGGAGAGCAGGCCUGAAGUGGAUCUUCCCCAUUUCAUUAUCUCCAAUGAGACCAGCCUGGAGAAAUCCAUGCUGUUGGAGCUACAGCAACACUUGGUCAACGCCAAACUGGAGGGGAACGAGACACUAAAAGUUGUAGAACUCGACAGAAGAGUGAACGCCACUUUCUAAAGAGGCUGUCCACCUCCUUUUUUCUCUUCACUCACUCUGCUUUCCUGUCCCCAAACCACCUUUGUCAUAAGCUUUUCCUUUUUUGCCUUUGAUCUGGACGAAGACAUGGGCGAGCCAUCAUGGCUUUGGAUGGGAGGACAGCCUGGGGUUUCCACCUGUGGUGAGAGACCACCUUCCCUCCAUCCCAUGCCCCCCCGAUGAGGGAGCCCGGCCGGCAUCCCUCCGUCCCUCCUAUUUACCGCCAUAGGAAAUUGUUCCAGGGUUGGGGCUGGAAUAAGCAGGCCCAUUUCUACCAAUAGUGCCAAAAAGAUACUGCCUGAUUUUCACUAUGGGAUGUGACCAUCUCUUUGGAGAAGAGAUGACUCUUGUUCAUGUGAGACCCCAGACUCUAGCCUUGAAAAUUCCAGGAUGCCUGUUGGGAUCUGGCAAAGCUCUGACUGACAUCCUGCCUUCCUCAGCCUUGGUCUCUGGUGUGUCUGCACCCUGACAGCCCCGGAAGUUCCAGCGCCUUCAGUGAGCACCCCAGCCACUCUGCCCCAUCAGAGCCCUUGCAGAUCGUCCUCCCCGCACUGGAGCGAGGGCUCUCCCGUCCCCAUUCUCAGGCCGCAAGUGCAAUGCCUGAAAGAAUCAGGCUUUUCUACUCCAGGCGAACCUGCCCCGUCUUGUUGCUUGUAGGGUAUCCCCAUCACUGGCGUCCCGCAUACCCCUAGGCCUGCCUCCCCGGCUUCUCCUCCCCAUUUGUAAAUAGUAUUUAUUAGCUCGCUGAGGCUUCCCUGCUAGCAACCACACUGAAAAGAUCCAAUGUCUCCCUCCAAACUGGUCUUUGGAGCUAGCUAGGAGGGCACCCGAGCUCUGGGAUUCCCCAAUCCUCCAGGUGGUGUUUUUUGGUUUUUGUUUUUUCCCAUGUUCUGCUUCUUCUUCCUCUUCCUCCUUCUUCCACUGGAGGCUUCUAAUUAUAAUCGGGAAAUCCCCUUAAGCUUGUGUCCUCCUGCAGAAUGAAGUCAGAGGGAAAGAUGGAGUAAUGCCUUAAUCAGGUCUGUGGCUCUGUGGUCAGAGGCUUUUUCUGUCCUGUUCCCAUAAGAGAAGGGAGUCCUUGUCCUUGACAACAGGCGUUUCAGACAACCUUGCUGGCUUGCCUUUCCAUGCCUGCUCCUAGCGCCUCGCCACACCCAACCCCCACCACCCACUUCUGCUUUACCCUCCUCUUCUGCCUCAACACAAGGGGUGGGCCUGAGGCCUGGGGUCGGAGUAGGUGACAUUUGUGUAUCCAUAGUCUUACCUUUUAUAGUCAGGUUUGGCUACUUUGCAGCUUACCCAAAGAGAUACAACCUAAACCCCCCUGACCUACUUUUUUUUUUGUCUGUUUGUUUAAUGAUUAAAAGUAACUUUUGUAGUUGAAAAAAUUCUUUCCUCUUUCAUACAAAUAAGAAAUGGAAAUUGCCUUUUUAUUGUAUAAUGUAGAAGAUCCCCUUUAAGUGUUUUUCCCUAGCUUGGGAGAGAUUUUGUUUAAGAAAUCUGCUUGCAUUUUGUAUUUUAUUUUUAGUAGUAGCUGAAGGACCUUUAGCUUUAACUCCUCUCUCUGUCUGUCUCUGUUUCUCUCUCUUUGUGGUCUACACUGUCAUUGAAACCUGCACUUACAAGGGAUUAAGCCCAUGCCUGGGCCUUUCAUUCCAUAUUGGAUGCAGGACUUGCUGUCAUUAGCAUUUUUCCAUCUUACCUCAUAAGCAGAUCCCUGUUCUGUCUGCCUACGUACAUCUGGGGCUCCCUGUGAGUGAUUCCUCUCUCUCUCUCUCUCUCUCUCUCUCUGCUAUGGUGGAAAGUUCCGGACCAGGAGAUGUCAAGGGUGUCUUCUCAGUCAUGUGUAAAGCUGGAUUGGGGCUGUUGUCCACAGUCUCAGGGUCCCCUGUGUUGGGGAGGGAGAGCAGAGGCUGUGUGAGCUGUGGAGGAAGAGGGCUUACUAAUGUGCCCCCUCCCCUUGCUUCUCUGCUCUCCAUUCCUUCCUUCCCUUCCGGCUCUAGAUCUUCCUGGGCCUGGCUGGCAGCAGGUAGUCAUGGGCCACUGCUGACCCAUCCCUCUCUUUAAAAUGCCUUGUAAUUAUAAGGCAAGGGCACCAAUGGGGGCCUAAAAAGGUAAAAAGAAGGAACUCAAGUAGUAUUCGGUCAACGAGAAAGGAAAGGUCUUAUAUUGGGGGCAGAAGUGUGAGCAUGGGUCAGCCGAAAGACCUGCUGCGGUGGAACCAGAUCAGCUUUUGAAGCCUCCUGGAUUAGCCAGGGUGGGAAACCCACUCUCCUGACUGAGGCAGGAGAAGGGACAGGCCAGCAAAUGUCCGGUACCUCCCCUUAGUACCUUGAGGAUUUUAUUUUCUCCCUAGCUACCCUUGCUUGUCAUCCCCCUCUCCAGACCUCCACACAGCAGGCCGUUUCCUCUGGGAAACGGAGAACUGAAGCUGUAUCUGGAAACAGGAGACAUCGGCCUGGGAGCUCCAAUGGCCACGUUAAAGGGGGUUCCAAGAACCAACCUUGCCGCUGUUUUGAGCACAGCCUUUGCCCUCCACUCCCUACUUGGACACGUCAAGGGAAUGAAACACUUAUCCCUUUAGGAGGAUGCCAGGGGGUCGAGAAGACACAAAAGAGUCGGAUAAUGCCAAGUGAUGAAGGGAUGUGUGCUCCUUUGCUGUUCUGGGGUUAAGCCCCGGUAUCGGUGGUUUUGCUCCCCGCAGAGAGCAGUCCCAUACCUCUGUCGGUAAUGCCUGGUUAACCCUGAAGAUUUCAAAGAGAGGCAGACGUUGGCUUCCGAACUUGAGUUUUGAAAUCUGUGAGACUGUUAGCAUCCCCAUAAACCAUAAAUGAUAAAUAGGCUACUCAUAAGUACAUUAAUUCUGUUUUUCGUCAGGUAAACAGCGUUUCCUCUUCCUUCUCCUUGAUUCCCCUGGUGUAGGAGAUGUCUUGCAAACGUGCCGAGAACAAGCGCUUUCUCACUGGCUGAGCCCCGAGUGACCCAGGCACCCCCCAGCUUGGCCCUUUCCACAGCUCUUAACUCUGUGCUUAGAAAAGGAUACUGGAGACGAAAGGCCUCGGUGCCCAUUUAAGAAAGAAUUCCUGUGAAGUGUUAGGACUCUGGAGCCUUGGUCACAUCAAGAGAGUGUUAUGUAAAAAUCUGACAGCUGAACUAGGUUGCUUCUUUUGGUGGGGCGGGGAGAGAGUUGACAUCAGCUUAGGCAAAAUGAGAUCACCUUUUUGUUAAUAAAAAUGAUUUUGAUUUGGAGAACUAAUCUGUGGGUUGUGAGAGCAGCUUUUAGCUCAACUUAUUUACAAACCAACUAUCAUUCCCAUGUUUUUUUCCCUCCUCUCAAUCUCUCCGUUUAGCCUGAAUGCCAAAAGAGGGCGUGAAUGUCAGAUGCCUGUAGAAGGGGGGAGUGUUGAAGUGAUUCAGCUUCAUGAGAGCAGUGAGACCCUGUCCAGAAUUUUGGUCACAUGUGAGUCAUUAAAAUUUUUCAACACUUCAUGGCCUCUUUCUUCCACGGCCUCAGACCAAGAAAACCACAGAGCGAGCAUCAGAGGCCUCUUGGGGCCAGCUCUUGAGCCCUCAUCCUGUGGGGCACGUCCUCGAGCCUGACCACCAAAUGGAGACAUCCCACUCUAGAUGGAGGAAAUGAACCCUCCAUGCCGGUCUUGCUCACGUGGGGGAAACUGGAGAUGAAGGAGGAGGCUUUUGGCCUCCCCCUGGUCUGCAUGAGUCACAACUUGGGUUCCGUCGAAUGCAACCUUUGCAAAACCUUUAUUAAAGACCCCGGCUCUCCUGCUUGAAGUGCUGACAGGACCUGUGAAACCAUUAGCAGGUAGUGCUCUAGUGAGAGCCAUUUCAUUGGAAUGUUGAGACAAUUCGGGGCCAUGUGAUAGUGUGAGCCCCUCUGGGAGGCCAGUUAUAGAAGCCAGUGGGAGGCUGUGAAGGAGCCAGAGAUGGAUUUCAGGUUUCCCAGUCAGUCAGUCCAUCAGUCCGUCAGUCCAUCAGUCCAUCAGUCAGUCCUCAGGCUUUUCAGUUUUACGGAGGCAGAGUUCUGCAUGGAGCCCUAGGGAUUGUUGGGGAGUCAGGGGUCUGAGGAGUUUUCAUUAAUCAAUAGCUGUUCAAAAGACAAAAGCGCUAGGCCUCUCUCUCUCUCCUUUCUGACACAUGCACAAAUGUCCCCCUUGUCUCCAGCACUCAUCUGCCUUAAAUGUGCCUUAUAUACAUCCGCCAGGAUGACUGAAGACUCCUCGGUCCCUGGGAGAUGUUAUGGAUAGCCUUGUGGUAUUAGGCUGAAGCAAGUGUGGGGAAAGAGCCUUUUUCCAGGGGCUCAAAAGUGGUUUCCUCAAAAUGAACCACGAUCAGAUUUGCACAUCAGGAGAAAAGAAACGCUGUUUUGUCCAUUAGGAAAAUCCCAUUUUGUAGAGCUGCAGUCACAUCAGAAACCGGCCAGCCUGGAUUAAAGUUAUCAUCAAUCCUCACAGCAGAACAUUUUCUCAGGGCCAAGGAACCUGGCCCAUUCGAGGAUUAAUGUUCCGCCUCUCUGUGGCCAAAGAUCCCACGCUUAGCACAGGAAAAAUCUAGGUGUUGUUUCAAGUUGUCACUUUGGGCAUUGUAAUUCAGGAAUGCUUUAUUUUUGUCUUGGUUUGGAGAAGGAGAAGAAAUACUAUUUCUUGAGCACCUUUUAGGUACUGGGUACUGUGCUUAAUACAUUGAGGCUUUCCAUUUUAUAGAGAAAACAGGGCAACUCGUUACCAGGAGACAGGUAGACCACUAAGAGAUGUGGAAAGUACAGUAUGUGGAUUCGGUUAGGCAGAUUCCUCUCUGGGAACCUGUAAGGUUGUCCGGUCCCUGUGCUGGGGCCACUGUGUAGCAUUCAGCUCUUUGCUUUCUGCUGGAGGUACUCACCCGACGCUCAUGUCCUGUCUUGUUCAUCUAGUCGCCUGUGAAUUCCAACUAGCAGGCUUUACAUCCUGGAAAAGAAAAACCAGGGAUUUUCGCUCCUGUUCUUUGCUCACCAGCUAAGUGAGAACAUAAACUUUCUGCACCACGGACCCAUGGCCCGCCCUGCUUAGAGCCUCGCCCUUGCAGAGAAAAUGCUUUAUGAGUCUAUGGAAAGCACCAGUACACCUUGACGAAUCGUGAGGGACCCUACUGAAACAAUGCUAAGCAGACUCUAGACUGUCAUCUCCCGUGAGCUUUAAUGGCCAUGCGGACAGGCUGAACUUUCUACUCUCUUGUAAUAGUUCUGUAGGCCAACAGUGUUUAAGUCUAGACAGAUUGUGAGUCUAUUAUCUGUCAUAUUGUGCUGUUUUUUUUUUUAAUGGCUUUUUAGUCUUUAUCAUAGCUAAGUAAAUACCAAGAAUAAAAAAAAGCUUUGUAGGAUACUUGUACUUAGUUUGGGGGGAGAAAAUGAACUGAAAAAUUGUUACGCUUUUGGUGUAUUUCCAUUUCUUGCGAAUAAAAAUAUUUUUUCUUAAUUAGUAA